AUGGCACAUCACCCUCCAACGCCACGCCCUUCAGUCACAUCACUCCAAAUUGCCACCAGGUGCAUCCUGCUUUUGACUUUGGACGAGGAACUGAUUGCGCUGCUGCGCUCUGCACUGCCAUCAGCAACUUCGCUUUCGCCCCUUUCCAUCAGACCGGACACUGUCCUGAGCAAAGAGUCUUCGCCGGCCUCGCCUAAUGGAGCGCAGCCAUCCAGGACUCAUCAACUUAAUGCCUCUUCUUCGGCGCUCUCGUCACCAGACUACGUGGCUCGACUGAUACGAUCCGCGAACAUCACCACAAUACUGAUCGACCUCCGCGGCCACGCGAACGAGCUAGGUCUGUCCUGUGGCUUCUUGGCUGCUCUGAAAAGCGUCGGUUUUGCAGGCCAUGUACUCUACGUCAGCGUUUCUGGAGAUCUGUUGAAACCAGCAGCCGAGUCGCGAGAGUUAAGAGAAGCAUAUCCCGUGCAUGCAGCUGUCGAGAUGCAACUCCAGAAUACAGGGAUCAAGGGCUCCCCAAGUCGCUUCAACUGGACGGUCCUCGGGCGUUCGACUGAGCCUAUGGAUUCUCCAACUCCGUCUCCAAUAUCACCUCCAACAGACAGGCCGAUGUCAUUCACACAGCCUGCCCAAUCCUGGAGAGAAUCCGGUGACUUCAGAGAUAGGCCGACGGCCUCAAGAUCUUCCAGUCUGUCAGCAAACGAGACGGCGAGAACUCCCACAUCAGAGCUAGUCGAAGGUGUCGUACGCGCGAUCAGAAAUCACUCAACCGCUUCAAACGGCAGAAAGAUCAUGCUCGAUUUGGCCACCGGCCGACGCAGAAGCUUCAUGCAUCAGACUGAUUGGAGACCUGACUGA